AUGCCGGUGAAAACGAGCCGGCCAAACAAAUUAGAUGAGAAUCAGGCACUAGUGAAUCAGGGACAUAACCAGACGCAAAAAACCCCUUGUUCGCCGCAAGAUUAUCACAUAUCGUUGCUCGACAUGAAAAAGUCGCGACGAAACAGCCCGGGCAACCGCAGUCAGCGGUCGGCGCAUACUUCCGAUUCGUCGGACAAAAGCUACAUUACCAAACAGACGAGCGACGGGUCAAGACCGACACGGAAAAGAGCGAGCAAACCCAAGGUCCGAACAGGAUGUAUUAGUUGCAAAAGAAGACAUGUUAGUUCCGCUUUUGAACCUCAAACUCUCCAAAACGUCAACCCACACAUCGUAAAAUGCGACGAAGGAAAACCGUCUUGUGCGGAAUGCGAGCGCCUUGGACUCAUGUGCGAGGGUUACGCUCCGCCUAAAACUAAGAUUCCAGCAUCUCGGCCUGAGCGGUUACUGCUACCAAAGCCGAAAUUAGCUUGCUCAAUCGAGCCAUCUAACAAACAGACCAUGAUUCCGCCUCAAUCAACCAGCCAUCGACCACUGGCCUCAUCGAUACCCAGUUUCGGUUUUGAAUUGGAUGAGGAAGAUAAGUGGUACUUUUCCCUAUUUAGGGACCAGAUAUCUCACGAGCUCUCGCCAUACUAUCGAUCCGAGUUUUGGUGCCAGACUUCUCUACGAGACAGCAUGAUCAACAAAUGCGUUCAUCAUUCUAUUCUCAGUAUAGGCGCCUAUGGCCGUGCUCUCAUGGAUCUUCGCAAUGAAUACUCUGUCAACGGCAAGACGUCUCGGCCAUGGUGGCCGCCUUCGGUAUUAAACCGACACCACCAAGCGGCGCUUGUCCACCACGCUAAAGCGCUCUCGCACUUGCGGUCUACUAUUGGGUCCUAUGGCGUCGACAGUCGUUUGACAUUGGCGGCAACUCUGUUGUUUAUAGUCUUCGAGAAUAUGCAAGGCAAUUACCAUAGUUCCGGAAAUCUAAUCCGUAGCGGUAUAAAAGUCCUAACGAAUAUACGGGGCAGAGGCAGUGACUCUAGGUCUAUUCUACGGCGCCAGUGGCAUCGUUACAUGACAGCGCCACGAGAUGAGGUGGACGAAAUGACCAACAUGUUCGCAAGACACAGCGUCGCAUCUGCAUACAUACCGUUCUCUCACGGGAAAUUCGCGUACCACAUGCUUUUUACUGAAGAUGAAAGCGAUGACGUCGACCUUGGCCUGGCUAGUCCGUUUACCUUCACAGUCCCGCAGACUCUCGAGCAGGCAAGACAAAUAUGGGACUACUUGGCGGUGCAGCUUGCGAAUUUCCAGAGCAAAAUUGCAUGGCAUAACCUCAACCCAGACUUCGAAUUUGACGAGACGGUUGCUUUCCGAGAACAAGCAACGUACUUGGCGCUGCUGAAUGAUUUGGGAGUGGGCCUUGGCUCUUUGCUCUUUAGCACCACAGAUAACUACGAAAGCCAAGGACUUGAGCUUUUGAGAUUACAUCACUCCACGGCGGUCAUAGCCAUAUCAUGCUGCCUUGAUCCGACAGAGAUGAUGUACGACGAUUUUCUACCACAAUUUGAGGACGUCGUUCAACGUUGCCGAAUCUUCGCAGACUUCCCAAUGGACAGGUCCAUGAAGGUAGGAUUCACUAACGAAACCGGAAUGCUGCCUUUGUUGGCCUUUGUAGGUGCAAAGUGCCGGACAGCCGCAGUUCGGUCCGAAGCUGUGGAAUUGAUGAGGUGUUCCGACUGGCGCGAAGGGAACUGGGAUGGAUCUAGCUUGGCGAACGCCGUGACCGGCAUCAUGAGGCUAGAGGGACAAUUAGAGGUGUCGAAUUCCGGGUAUAUCGUCCCCGCCAAGGCUCGAUACACGUGGUCGAAUGUAUUUUGGGACUUUGAGAAGCAGGAAAUGCACGUUGAGUAUACUAAGAUACUCCCGGAUGCGUUUGGAGAUUUUGAGAAAGUGCGUUGUGUGAUGGGUGUUUGA